CGCAGUAGGGAGCUCGCUACUAAACUGUGGCGGUGGUAACGAAGUAAAGAAAAGUUUUCAACUAGGAAUGCGGGGUGGUCUUCGUGUGUCUUGUAGUGUGUUGUUCUUUAUGAAGACUUUGCAUAACUUUGCUACUAAGAAUCGGAUGGAAUCAUAUUAUUAGACCUUCAUUCAGUUGCUCGCCGUGUCCUCGGAUUGGGACUUUUUUUCUUCUGGGAUUUUGAUUUUCGUGUGGGAGUGAAAGGAUCGAGACGUUCAAAGGGUAGUGGAUUUUAAGUGGCUUCCAAAAAUGUCUGCUGUGAGGCAGUCGUUUAUUCCUGCACGGAUUUCCAUCCUCAUACUGCUGUUUUCGGAAUUGGAAUAUUCUUUCGGGAUUUAUGGGAAAUCGCGAUUUUGUCCGUCCCCAUGCUCCUGUGUUGGGGAUCUAAUGGACUGUAGCCGGAGGAAGCUGGAAAAAGUACCCGAACAGCUCCCGGGAUGGAUCGUGCAACUUGAUCUGAGCCAGAACCGAUUGAAAUCAAUCAGUGCUGAGUCCUUCCGUGAGCUCCAUUACCUGCAGGAACUAAAAUUAAGUAAUAAUAACCUGGACUUCAUCCCAGACCUGGGGCCAGUAUCGGAGAACCUUACACUGCUAUCUUUGGCACAUAACAAAAUAGGGGAGUUAAAUUCAGAGCAACUGAAGCCGUUUCAUUCCUUGGAAACUCUGGAUUUAAGUAAUAACAACAUUUCUAAGCUGAAAAGCUCGUCAUUCCCUUCAAUGAACCUAAAAUAUUUGUAUAUUAGUAAUAACAGAAUUUCAUCAAUGGAGGCUGGUUGCUUCGAUAAUCUUUCCAGUACUCUUCAGGUCCUGAAAUUAAACAGAAAUAAAAUUUCCUCCAUUCCCCACAAGAUGUUUAAGUUGUCGCAAUUACAUCUUCAACACUUGGAUUUAAGUAGGAACAGAAUUAGAAAAGUAGAUGGACUUACUUUUCAAGGAUUAGUUGCACUGACGUCCUUGAAAAUUCAGAGAAAUGGCAUCAGUAAACUCAUGGAUGGAGCGUUCUGGGGGUUAAGCAAUAUGGAGGUCUUACAACUUGACUAUAAUAAUUUAACAGAAGUAAGUAAAGGAUGGCUGUAUGGCCUGGUGAUGUUAGAGCAGCUGCACCUCAGCCAGAAUGCCAUCAGCAGGAUCAGACAUGAUGCCUGGGAGUUUUGCCAGAAACUCAGUGAGCUGGAUCUCACCUCAAACCAAUUAGCACGGUUAGAUGAGUCCAGCUUUGUAGGCCUCAGUCUGCUUGGCAAACUUCACAUUGGAAAUAACAAAGUGAGCUUCAUUGCUGAUGGCGCCUUCCGGGGUCUCUCCAGUUUAUAUGCUCUGGACUUAAAAAACAAUGAGAUUUCCUGGACAAUUGAAGAUAUGAAUGGAGCUUUUUCAGCCCUUGACAAGUUAAGAAUACUGAAUCUUCAGGGAAACCGUAUCAGAUCCAUUACUAAAAAGGCAUUCUCUGGAUUGGAUGCACUUGAGCACCUAGAUCUUGGCAACAAUGCAAUAAUGUCUAUUCAAGAAAACGCAUUUUCACAAAUGAAAAAACUGUUAGAGCUGCACUUGAACACAUCAAGUCUCUUAUGUGACUGCCAGCUGAAAUGGCUCCCUCAAUGGGUGGUGGAUAACCAGUUUCAGACCUUCAUUAAUGCCAGCUGUGCCCAUCCCCAAUUGUUGAAAGGGAAAAGCAUAUUUACUGUGAACCAAGAUGACUUUGUUUGUGAUGAUUUUCCUAAACCUCAGAUUACAGUGCAGCCUGAAACUCAGUCGGCUAUUAAAGGUUCAAAUGUGAGUUUUAUAUGUUCUGCUGCAAGCAGCAGUGAUUCACCAAUGACCUUUGCUUGGAAAAAGGAUAACGAGGCUUUAAAUGAAGCUGAAAUUGAAAACUAUGCCCACCUCCGAACUCAAGGAGGGGAUGUUAUGGAAUACACUACAAUACUGAGGUUGCGUGUUGUUGACUUUAGUAAUGAAGGCAAAUACCAGUGUGUGAUAUCUAAUCACUUUGGAUCUUCGUACUCUACUAAAGCAAAACUGACUGUAAACAUGCUGCCAUCCUUUACAAAAAUACCAAUGGAUCUUACAAUCCGAGCAGGAGCAAUGGCUCGUUUAGAGUGUGCAGCUUUUGGACAUCCAACACCACAGAUUGCUUGGCAGAAAGACGGUGGCACUGAUUUCCCAGCUGCCCGUGAAAGACGCAUGCACGUUAUGCCAGAAGAUGAUGUGUUCUUUAUUGUAGAUGUAAAAAUUGAAGAUAUAGGUGUCUACAGUUGUACUGCUCAGAACAGUGCUGGAACAAUAUCUGCAAAUGCUACUUUAACUGUUUUGGAAACUCCUUCUUUUAUGCGUCCAUUGAUGGAUAAAACUGUUGCCAAAGGUGAAACUGCAGUUCUUCAGUGUAUUGCUGGUGGCAGUCCGCCACCAAAACUGAACUGGACAAAAGAUGACAACCCUUUGUUUGUCACAGAAAGACAUUUUUUUGCUGCAGGAAAUCAACUGCUUAUUAUUGUGGACACUGAUGUAGAGGAUGCUGGGAAGUAUACUUGUGAAAUGUCCAAUACACUGGGAACAGAAAGGGGAAAUAUUCGCCUCAAUGUAAUGCCUGGUCCAAAUUGUGAUGCCACUCAGAGUGUUGGGCAAACACUAGAAGAGGAUGGAUGGACAACGGUGGGGAUUGUCAUAAUUGCAGUUGUUUGCUGUGUUGUUGGAACAUCAUUAGUAUGGGUGGUUAUCAUAUAUCACACGAGACGGAGGAAUGAAGAUUGUAGUGUGACAAACACAGAUGAAACAAACCUGCCUGCAGAUAUUCCAAGUUACCUGUCUUCACAAGGGACACUGGCAGAACGGCAAGAUGGCUAUGGGGCUUCUGAAAAUGGUAGUCAUCACCAGUUUAUGGCCUCUUCAAUUAGUGGUUAUUACCUGCAGCAGAGAGACCCUAAUGGAAUUUGUCCUUUAGAAACGGGGAGUGAAGCAGAAAUAGAUGCUGUACUGGAUCCUCUGCUUUGUCACUAUCAAGGUUGCACACCUGACCAAAGAGCUAUUUGCAUUGAUCCUUAUGAAGUAGGCUUUAAAAACUCCAAGAGGAGGGAUUAUUAUCUUUGUAAAAACACUCUAGAAGACACUGGUGAGCUUCCAUCUAACAGUAUAAUGAUGCAGUUGCCAAGUGGAAGUCACCAUAACUUUACUCAUAAUCAAAAUGAUGUAAUGUGUGACAAUGAUGUUCCAGAGUCAAGUCAUGUUCAAGAGAGAAUACCACCCUGCAGUUUCAUGGGAACGUUUGGAAAGUCAAUAUGGAGGCCACAACAAGAGUUUUCUCUGAAUUGUAGUCAAACAACUCCUUACAACCCCGUUACUUUACAUGAAAAUCCUUAUUCUACAAUGGACAGUGGCUCAGAGCCAGAAGAUGAUAAAAUAUUGAACUGUGUUGUUCGGAGUGCAGACAUUUAUGAGCAGCCUUUUGACAAUAUCAGGACUCCUAGCUUUCAGUCUUACAGAAGCAGCACAUAGCCACACAAGCACAAUAUUCCAGCAUGGUGGAUCUAAAGAAAAAAUGCCUACCUCAGUUUUGAACUGUGUUCAAGAUUUGAACUGAUAAUGCACAAUCGUUCAAUGGGAAUGUAGAGCAAGUCGAGGACUGAAAGAACAAUAACAGCAUGUGCUGUUUACUUUGCAAAUGAAAUACAGUAUAAUAAAUAGGUUUAACAUAUUGUUAAUGUUAUACUUUUUUUAAUUAAGUAUAUGUUUUGUAAAUUAAUUAUGUAAAUAGGUAUUUUACUUAUUUUUGUAAUGUGGAAUGUCUUAAUUGCUAUGUUUCAUGAAAAUGUUUUACAGUUUAUCACUAGGCUUUUUUUUUUCCAACAAAUUUGGGCAUCUUUUGCACAUAAAUAUGUACACAUAUGCUGCUAUAAAUUUACUGAAUGAAACUUUACAUAUUUGUACGGUAAAUGCAACAACUUUAACAAAAGUAAAAAAAAACACUUUGGGAUUGACAAAGAAGAGGAAGUUCAUUAAAAUAUUUUGCAUAUGUUUAGUUAGCUGUUUCAAGAUAUUUUAAGUCAUAUUGAAUAAAUGUCAUCAGCACUAGUGUACAAAAUUUACAAUUUUAAUAAAAAACAUCUUCAGAAUUAUUGUUAGAUUGCAAAUAUUUGUGUUCAACAUCUACCUUUAAUAUGUCAGAGUACAACAGUUAAAAUAGUUUGUAUUCCUUUGCAGAUUUUGUAUAAACUGUAAAUAUGCCAAAAGUUAUACUUUUUAUUUUAUAUAUUUAAGUAAAAAAAUUG